CUGCAAUGAGCACACACUGAGCCCAGUCCGUGGCGGCUGCAGUCAGUGUGUAGCAGAAGCCAAGAGCGAUGCUGUAUAGCCAUUGACAUUUCCUGCUCUGGGCGCCAACCAAUGCGCUCGUAGCAGCGCCGGAGCGACGACACAUGAAAUAUGAUAAUUUGCUGCUGUGAUAGGUUUUGGAGAGCAGCGCGGCUCUGUUGCAAAGGUCUGCCUUGACAGGGCCGUGUGCUCAUGGGGCUCCUGCUGUGCACUGAAUGCCAGAAUGCAGGGGUGCUGAGUUACACACAGUGCCUCUGGGACCGUCCGUCGCCCUCCCACAGCUAGUGGACACUGAUAGCCAGACCUCGACAGAGUUCACUUGGCACAAGUUGUGAAGUUUGGGAGGAAUGACCUGAGGCAUAAGUGGUUGCUUAUUACUGUGACAUCCACCCCAAAGGAUCACCACUUCCUACGACAAAUAAAUUGGGAAAUCUGAGUUAAUGUUAAGGAACACAUACAUGCAAGAAAAAAAGGAAUGAAUCUGUGCCGAUAACUGGAUAAACCACAAGACAUAACAAAGACGACACCUUGUACAGAACCAAGUUCAGGAACAACAGGAUCAGGGUCAACGCCAGGUUAUAAUGGAAGGAAAAAGAGGCUUUAAAGAAGGUCCUGGAAAAGUUGUUUGGAAUGACAAUCUUGACAUUGUGCGCGCUUGAUAAUCGUCUACAAAGGGACUCGCCAUGAAGUGAACUUAAAAGCAAGCGUCGCUGGUUCUUUGGAUCGUUAUCAGGCCGGGACGUUGUGUCUGAGUUUACAACUCGGCGACCAUUGCCAGCAGAUGUGAGCUGGGCAGAGAGAGUCUAAAGAGCAGCGGACAUUUAGCAAAUGAAUCCUGCCGCCGUUCCGCAGAGACGAACGUGAAGCCUCUCCCUGGGUCAUGGAGCCCGAGUCAAGCUCUGCCCAGCAGAAGAGUACAGGGAGGACCGAGCAGAGCCCUAGCAGGAAGUCGAGCCAGGUUGAAGCUGGUCCCUCGGCUGGGAGGUCAACUGUUGCUUACCACCCGGGCCAGCUGCAGCCCUGCUUCUCCGGCGCCUUGCCCGUUCCUGCCCAUCAACAGGUCCUGGCGCCCGAUCAGACGGAACACUCCAGCUCCUACUCCUCCUACGAGCAGGUCCACCACGGCUCACCGCAACUCCUGCAGCAACCCAUGGCCUCGGCGUUCAUGGCCUCGGUCAAGCCGGAGCUCGGUCUGGAAGGGAGAUCCUGGCAGCUCUUCGACCCCAGGGGUCCCAUGGUGUCCGCUCCCUUCCACCCCUCCGGCCUCCACCCCCACCGGCAUCUUCUCCCCUCCCGCUCCCCCAUCGUGGCCAAGGAGGAGCCUCAACCAGUCCAACCCGUCCACGGCCACCACUCAGGGCAGGUCCCCUUGAAAGCAGACGAGUUGCCCAGGAAGGACAAGAAGCCCCAGAAGCCGGGCAAGUACAUCUGCCAGUUCUGCAGCCGCCCCUGCGCCAAGCCCAGCGUCCUCCAGAAACAUAUCAGGUCGCAUACGGGGGAGCGGCCCUACCCUUGCCACUCCUGCAGCUUCUCGUUCAAGACCAAGAGCAACCUGUACAAGCACAGGAAGUCUCACGCCCACAAGCUGAAGGCUGGGCUGGUGCCGGGCUCCAUGGGGGAGCCUUACCCGGGCACCUCGGGCCUGGACGCGGAGAAGCUGAGCGGGGACGAGCCCGAGGAGCAGACGGAGGGAGACGAAAGCACAGACUCCGAGGACGAGACCGUCGGGAUGCCGCCGGGUCAUUCACUCGACCCUCCGUCCAAGCACAAGCACAUUCCUGGAUGCGGCUCCUUCGGCCCUCCGGAGGCCAGCCCCAGGCAGCCGGCCUUCACCCUGGCUCAGCCGGGCGAGCCCUCGUCGUUGUCGUCCCUGGACGAAGGCUGCCACCUCUCGGAGUCCUCCUCCUUGGACCUCUCCUACAGCCACAAGCCGGACGACUCUCACACCAUCAAGCAGAGGCUGGCCCUGCGCCUGAGCGAGAGGAGGAAGGCGCUGGCGGCGGACGAGCAGACUCAGACAUUCCUGAGCCCGGGGGGCAGCAAAGGCAGCACAGAGUCGGGCUACUUCUCCAGGUCGGAGAGCGCCGAGCAGCAGCAGCUCAGCCCUCCGCAGGCCAGCGCCAAGUCGUACGCCGAGAUCAUCCUGGGCAAGUACGGGCGCUACGGCCAGAGGACUGCCAUGAUCGCGGCCAGCGCCACCCACAGCGGGCUCAGGCUGCCUCCGCCGGCCAUGGAGGACAAGCCGUCGGGCCUCUCCUUCUCCCUGCCCAAGGCCCAGAUGGAGCAGAAUGUCAUCGAGCACAUCACCAAACUCAUCACCAUCAACGAGGCGGUGGUGGACACGCGGCAGAUCGACAGCGUCAAGCCGCGCCGCACCUCCCUCUCCAGGAGGGGCAGCAUCGAGUCGCCCAAGCCCGGCACCUCCAGGGAUUCCUUCCACUUCGACCCUAAGCAGGCCUUGUGUCCGGAGGCCAGCAGGCUCGCCCACCGCGGCCACACAGGCCUGACCGAGACUGUGCCCCUGACCAGGAGCAACUCCAUGCCGUCGGCCGGAACCUCCUGCACCGCGCCCGCCGCCUUCAAGGGCAGCCACUCGUUCGACGACCGGACGACGGAGCCGGACCAGGCCUUCAGCCAGGGCCUGAUCACCCACCACCGCAUGUUGAAGAGGCAGAAGGCCAUCGAGCUGCCCUCGGGCAUGGAGUACCAGGCGGUGGAGGAGGAAUGGGGGGAGGAGGGCAAGGAGAGGCCCGGGGUCGGGGAGGAGCAUGGCGAGGCCGAGGCCAAGCCCACCAGGAGGGCCAAGAAAGGGCCGAGGGUGAAGGGGCUGAUGUACGAGUGCGACAUCUGCGGGGCCCGCUAUCGGAAACGGACCAACUACGAGACGCACAAGAAGUUUUACUGCUCGGAGCUGCACGCCCCUCGCACCCGGCCUCGGCCUCAGCCCCAGCCCCCGGCCUUGCCUGCCCUCGGCGGCCCGCAGUCCGAGCUCAGGCCUCCCGGCCCAGAGCUGCAGCCACAGCCGCAGAUCGUCCACUACAAGCUGCGGCCCUCGCUGGAGCUGACGCCGGCCAGGAAGAGGAGGAAAGAGAAGAGUCUGGGCGACGACGAGGAGCCGCCCUAUGGCGUAGGCCCGAAGCCCCAGUCUGCCGUCGGUCCCGCUCCCGGCCCUCCCGCUCCCAGCCCCGGCUUACCGUUGAUUGCAAUUGAAGCGGCCGCGGACGCGAGGAUCAGGCCGAUGGUCACCGCGGCGGAGGGGAGGCCGCCAUCGUCGACGCCGGCCUCGGAUGGCGCCAAACGCACGACGGGGAAGGAGAUCUCCGUCAUCCAACACACCAACACGCUGGGCCGGCCCGGAUCCUUCGAAGCGGCGCCUCCUCUCGAUGCCGCCGAGCACCUGGUCGCCUUGAGCUCGCAGGAGGCCGAAUAUAGCGGCCGGGUGGUGGUCGAGGCCGAGGAGAGAAGGCCGUGGCAACCACCACCAAGGCCCCACCAUCAUCAUCACCACCACCCGCUGCAGGCCCGGCUCGUCCGCCAACGAAAGAUCCAGGUGCCCGAGAUCCUGGUGACCGAGGAGCCGGAGAAGGUGGAGGAGAAGAAGAAGAAGGAGGAGGAGGCCCCGGCCACCGCCGCCGCCAAGGAGCCGGAGAAGCCUCCUCCCGAGGAGUUCCAGUGGCCGCAGAGGAGCCAGACCCUCUCGCAGUUCCCCACCGAGAAGCUGCCGCCCAAGAAGAAGCGCCUGCGGCUGGCCGACAUGUCGCAGUCGUCGGGCGAGUCGAGCUUCGAGUCGGCCCCGCCGCUCUCCCGCAGCCCCAGCCAGGAGAGCAGCCUGUCCCGCGGCUCCAGCCUCUCGGCCUCCUUCGAGAGGGAGGGGGAUGGUGGCGUCGAGGCCCAGGCCCAGGUCCGGCCUUCGGGCCCACACAUGCUGACCGUGCCCGCUCACUACCAGCAGCAGAGGGAGAUGAGGCGCUCGUCCUCGGAGCAGGCCUCCUCCUCCUCCUCUUCCUCGGCCGCCCACCAGCCGCCCCCCGAGGCCCGCAGCAAGUCCUUCGACUACGGCAGCCUCUCCUCGGAUGCCGGGCCCGGCGUCAGGCUCCUCUCGCCCGCCUGGGAGCGCCGGAGGUGCCUGCUGGUUCGCCAGACCUCGCUGUGCGGGAGCACAGACCCCGGGCCCGACCCUCCGCCACCGCUCCCGCCCAGGCCAGACAAGGCCGAGCUAGGCCCGGUGGCGAGGUACCGCUCCCCCCCUCCUCCAGCACCCCGUCCCUGCCCACCCAGGGACCCCCCGCCACACUGCGAGGCCCAUCGCCCCUUCCCCGCCCCGGCCUUCCAGGAGGGGCCCCACUACCCGCCGCGGUACCUCUCGGCCUUCGGGCCCCAGCAGCAGCAAGGCCCGAUGUCAGCCCUACUCUCAGCGCCAGAGGGGAUGCUGGCCCCUCUCCAGCCGCCACCCCCAACUCUCCCAUACCCCCUCUACCCCCUGCCCCAUCCUGUGGCCCCCGAGCUGCCCGCCCGGCCCUCCCCGCUCCUGCCCCUGACCCCCACCCCGGCCCAGCCUCCCACCUACCUGCCCGCACGAUCCCAGCUGGCCUUCCAGUUGCAGGCCGGAGGGCGGUUCAGGGACCGCAAACCCCCCUUCCACCCACUGCCAGAGUACAGCCCCUCGCCCUCCUUCCCACCCCCCACCAUCACCCAUUCCCCCGAGCCCCUGCGGCCCACGGUGUCCCUGGUGGUGCCGGUCAGGGUCCAGGAGCACUUGCCCACCUACGGCAGUGCCAUGUACACCACCCUGUCCCAGAUGCUGGUCACCCAGUCGGCAGAUAGUUCCACCACCGUGGUCAUCUGCAGGGUGGAGGACAGCAGACCCAAGGCCACCCUGGUCUGCAGCGCUGGCGUGCACGGUAUCGGCCUGGACUUGGCGCAGAUGUUCGCCGGCCACCACCGGGACUUCUUCCCCUCGCCCUACCUCCGAGUGCCCCUGCCCAUGGCGGAGAGGACAGGUUGCCUCAUGCUCGGGUCCACCACAGAAGGUACCUAUGCAGCCGAGACCUACCCGUCCACCAUCGGUGGGAGCAAACGUAUGUUGUCCCCAGCCGGGAGCUUGGAACUGACGAUGGAGACCCAGCAGCAAAAGCGAGUAAAGGAGGAAGAAAUAGAGGAAGAAUCGGAAGAGAAAGCUGAAGCAAGAACCGAAGAGGCUUUGAGAAGACACUCUCCCCAGCCGUCCAGGCGGUGCCAAGCUGAGACCAAGGUCUCGGCUGUUCAGACCUCGUCUCCUCCCCUCACGUCCUCCCUGCAGCCACCCGGGACCUCUGGGAAACACGAGCACUGGUCCGGACAUUUAUUCAGAGGUAAAACUUCCCUCGGACCAGUGAAGAAGGAAGAUCACCUGGAGGUCAUCCAAGAGAGAUCUCCAGUACCUUUGCAAGAGUUUCAGACGCUCCCGUCGGGCACAUUACCAGACCGACCAUCAAGUGCCAGCCCCGCGAAGCCCGCUGCUGUUCCCUGCACGGACGCAGGCGAUGCCCAUCGCUUGCUGCACUUCCCCAGCCUCCACACCACCACCAACGUCAGCUGGUGCUACCUGAAGUACACCAAGCCCAACCCCAGCCAGCACACCGACCCAAGAUCCUCCGUCUACGCCAGCUGGUGUAUCAGCCUGCACAACCCCAAUCUGCCAGGCAUGUCUACCAAGCUCAGCCUCGCCCUCCUGAGGUCCAAGCAGAUGUCCGGCAAGGAGAUCUACACCAUGGCCACAGCUCCACGCCGACAGAUGGGCAAGUUGGUCCCAUCCAGUGCACGGAAGCUCCGGGUUAGUGAGAUGCAUAUCCCUUCAGUGCAUUCUGCAGAUGACGGGAAAGAAGUCUGCAAAGUAGAAAAAGAAGAAGAAAGAAGAAAGAAGCAUGAAGAUGAUAGUUCAACACCGAAGAGGCUGGAGCCUACACGGAUUAAGAUCUUCGAUGGAGGGUAUAAGUCCAACGAAGAUUAUGUUUAUGUGCGAGGGAGGGGAAGGGGAAAGUAUGUGUGCGAGGAAUGUGGAAUUCGCUGCAAGAAACCAAGCAUGCUGAAGAAACACAUCCGCACACACACAGAUCUUCGGCCAUACGCCUGCAACUAUUGUAACUUUGCCUUCAAAACCAAAGGGAAUUUGACGAAGCACAUGAAGUCAAAGGCUCACAGUAAAAAGUGCCAGGAGAUGGGAGUGACUGUUGCUUUAAUGGAAGACCUGGAAUCUGAAGAAGGAACCAGUGAAGAGCCAACGAAGAUAGCAGAAGAAAGCGAGGGUACAGAUCUGGCAGAAGAUCACCAGUUUUCGGAUGUUGAGGAGUCAGAUGAUGACGAUGAUAAUGAAGAUGAUGAUGAAGAGGAGGAAGAGGAGGAACCAUUUGUGAAGUCUUCGGAGACUGCGAGCGCCAGUCCUCAAACAGCUGGAUCUUCCAGAGGGGAGACCUCGUUAUCUUCAUUAGAAACCGCCUCCAAGCAGGGAUCUAGUUUAACCAGUCAGUAUUCGUUGAUGAGUUACCCAAUGUCAUCAUCUCAGCUUCGAGCCACAGAGUCACCUGUUGUUCCUGCAUGUCACAGCAUCUCACAGAGCCAGCAGAUAGGAAGCACUCCUAUGCCUUUAUUGCCAUCCGCUGAGCAUUUUCCAUCAGGGCAUGGGGACCCCGCGCUGAAGAGGCACAGCAUCCCAAGUGCAACCAUCUCACCAUCCAUAGACCCAUCGCCGUGGUCCCCAAAGAGAGAGGCGUCACGUUUGUGUCCAGGCAGCGACAGCCCAUCAGGAAGACGCUCAUCGCCGGCGAGAGAGGCAACGCUAAAAGAACGUCCGUCCUCACUAAAAGAUACGUCGCCUCCAAGACACCUCUCGCCAGGCAGGGAAUUGUCGCCCAGGAGAUGCCUGUCACCAGACCGAGGUAUGUCACCGAGGAAACAUCUAUCUCCAGGAAGAGAGGUGUCGUCCAGCAGAUGCCUAUCCCCGAGGAUAGAAGUGUCGGCUGGGAGAGUGUCACCCAGGGCACAUUUGUCACCAGAAAGGGAAGUAUUUCCUGGACGAACUUUGUCAUCAAGCAUAAAAACGUUGCCUGUAAGGUGCCUAUCUCCAGCAGGAGAUGUCUCCCCAACUAGACGGCUGUCUCUCAGACACCAGUCUCCAGUGAAAGAUGAACUGCCGAGUAGAUGCCACACUCCGGUUUGGCAAAGUAGCCACAGCUCCUCAGCUCCUCCACAGCACAUUGGUUCACCUUUAUUGGGUCUACCUCAACGGAAAUCCAGCAAAGAACAGGAGCAGUCUGAAGUUAAAAUGAAGAUGUCUGGAAUGGGAUUCCGCAGCUUACACGAGCAACCAACAACACCAUCUCAAGCCUUGCAUUUUUGCUUAUCGAGAAAUACUCAGACAGCACUGGAAGGGCAAAGUUACAGUGGGCUAACUGGGAGCGUACAGGAUUAUGUCUUCAGUCAUCUUCCUCUGCACUCACAACAGCUGGUCAGGACACCCUACCCCAUGAUCCCAAUCGGUGGGAUUCAGAUGGUUCAGUCAAGGCCAGGCUGCCAUUCAGGUUUGGUGCCUUCACAAGCCUCUCUCCAGCCAGGGUUUCCUGUGAGCCUGUCUGCAUCCAGCCCAUUCAGUGCAAGCAGGUCGGAGGCCACGGUACAUAUAGAAGAAGAGGUGUUGCCGAAGUCCACGUCAGCUGAAGCAGCGACCUCCGAACCUUUGCCUGUACAGCUCCCGUCUGCUCCCACGGCCCCUCUCAUCACGGCACCUUCUCCGAGCAGAAGCGGUAAGCAGAGCGUCGCUCUGCAGAGGACAGAGACUGCUGAGCUCAAAGAAGCAGCAUUGUACAAACAGGAGGAAUACAGGGUACCAAUUCAUACCGAACCCAGCACUAUCGCCGCUCUGAGCCGCUCAGGAAAAGAAGCCGGCUCCGACAGACUGGACAGUCCCAGCGCUAGCCGGGAGCAAACCCCAAAGUCUUCGACCAGCAGUGAAGGAACCUCAAAGGACCCGAGCACGACGCAGUUUGGGUGUCCGGACACCUACUAUGAAUCGGCCCGCACUUUAGCCGCCCUGCACCCGCCGCAAGGCAGCAGUGGUAGCAGCUCGUCAGAGUCCGUGAGUCCCACUCACACUUUCCAAACCAGUGCUGGCAGGACUACUCCAGGUGGGCAGUGUCCACCGGUUAGAAUGCAAAUGGGAAGCAGCCCAGAGUCGAAGGGUGAAGGCUUCAAGCACCCUGAUGCACAAAAGGACGAUAAAACAUGAAGCGUAUAACAGCCACCAACAUGCUGGCUCGCCGAUGAAGAAAAUGGAACGGCAUUCAUCAACACUAGUUCUCCUUCAGCAGACUCACAGAUGUUGUUCAUACGACGCAUUCACCUGUUAACAUGACCAAACUCACCAGAACGAUUCCUGUUUUAAAAUUGUCCGAGUCCAGUAUUAUUUAAAUGUACACAGUUACUUGUGCCUUUCUCCCUUAUUUUGUGUCUCCAAGUAUAUAAAAAAGGGGAGGGGUGGGGGGGGGACAAAAAGAAAAACAUUGAGGCUGUGAAUAUUUUAUCAAGAGCGAUGUAAUCGAUUCGUAGUAGCUGUCUUUUCUCAUUUGAGACGUCCAUGGGUAGAAUGUGAAACAAAAGGGACAGAAAAGUAACGUUAGUGUGAUGACGCACUGAAAACAUAUUUUUAUAUCGAUCAAAUGUAAACUGCUCCUGUGUACAGAGAUAGAUCUAUGAGGCAUAUUUAUUGUAUUCUGUAUUUAAUUGUUUAAAAAAAAUGGAAUCAUUUUCCCAGCAUCCUGGUGGUCUUAACGUACGCUUUUUACCGCUUCUUAAACAGAAAUGAUGACGACAGAAAAAAAAAUUGCUUUAUUUUUGACCGUGGUUGUGUUUCCCUUUUUGCGACGAUUGACUCAAAGCACUUAGGCUAUCCUGUAAGGAUUCUUUCACAUGUAACCCCUUCCAAAAGUCUGGACAGAGUGCAAUUUCUAUGUGUUGCAGAGGGCAUUAAAUGUCAGGCGCGCAACAGGUGUAAAGCUGGGAUUUAACUGGGCAGUACCCAGACUGUGACGAGGUGUUUGUUUUUUUUCUUUGUAUUGGAGAAAGCCUUUUCUUUCCAAUCAACCACAGACACAACCCGUUAGUAUACUGACGUUAAAAAAAUCCAAAUCUCUAAGGCAGGGUCCACAAACUGUCUGCUUCGUAGCACACGGGCCGAUUUUGGACCUUUGCCUCCCUAAGCACUCCACUGAAUGAGGCAUCGUGUCCGAGGCCGCAGAUGCAACAUCGAUGCCUGCAAUCAUUCACAAACCUCCAUUACCAUUGAUUCAUGCGACAACCAGGAUGGUAGAGGGCUAACCAGAUGGACUUUUUUCUUCUUUCCUCUCUUGUCUAGCACUGUUAAUAACUUUUGAGAUGCAUAAACUUUUAAUAAGAAAUUGUAGGAUGCACAGUUCCCAAGUCCAAAGAUGCUUUUGGAGAACCUUUUACUUGUUCUGAUUUUUGAUGUGUGUUGUGGCCUUUUUGGG